AUGGGCGGCGACGGGAGUAAAAAUAAGGCUUCUUCAUCGCUGGUGAAGAGGAGAUCCCUGUCCUGUCAUCAGGGCUUUCUGUCUGUCCCGGCUCAGCUUGUUCAUCAUGGUCUAUUUAGACGCAUCGGCCAGCGCAGAGAAUACCAUGUCUCUGAGCAAUCACAGCCCUCAGACUCAAACCCAGAGGGCCCUCAAGUGGACUGGACACUGCCGGGCUUUAUUUCCAUCUUCCUGCCGGAGUUUCCUCACAGAUUUACUAGACAAGCGCAUUUACAGAUCCUUGGUUUUAUAGCUAAAGGCUGGUUCGGUCCAAUCCUGAAGGUGAAGGACGUGUCUAAAGAGGAGACCUAUGCCAUUAAGGUUUUACCCAAAGCUGCAGUUCUGAGACACGGAGUCCUCCAGCAGUCCAAGGAGGAGGUGAUCAUUCAACGACAAGUCAGACAUCCUUUCCUGCUCAGUCUGCGGGAGUGUUGGCAGAGCCAGAGCAAUCUCUUCAUCAUGUGUGAUUACUGCAGCACUGGAGAUCUCUACACUUACUGGACACUGAAGGGCUUGUUUGAGGAGAUGUAUGUUCGAGUGUUUGCUGCUGAAUUGGGCUCUGCUUUAGGUUUUCUGCAUGAUUUUGGAAUAAUACACCGGGAUGUGAAGAUGGAGAACAUUCUUCUGAUGGAUAAAGGUCACCUCCGCUUGACUGAUUUUGGUCUGUCUCGCCGUCUCGAGCGCGGGGAACGAGCCUUUACUAUCUGCGGCACAAUACAGUACAUGGCUCCUGAGGUCCUGAGCGGGGGUCCGUACGGCCAUGCAGCAGAUUGGUGGUCUCUGGGGAUUCUUCUCUACGCAUUAGCCACUGGAGAGUUUCCUCUGGCAGCAGAAGUAGAUCACGCUGUAAUGCUGAGCAGAGUCAGUGAGUGCCUGUAUGAGAUGCCUGUGAGCCUCAGUCCUGCUCUAGCCUUCCUGCUUAUAGAGCUCCUGUGCAAGAUCCCCACUCGUCGCCUGCGCUGCCUGGAGCACUUUCAAAGCCACAAGUUCUUCCACGGCAUGUCCUUUGAUUCCCAGCUGCUUCAGAGAAAUCCCAUUGAGUCGAUCCUUGCACUGAAGACCCAUCCUGACCGGCCGGAAAGAUCAAUGCGAGGUUUAUCCCUAGACCUGCUUCAGAAUUUCGAGUGUGACCUGCUGAACUCUCCCUCCACCCCUACAGAUUUAUCUCCUACCUUGAUAAACAUUCAGGUAACGAAGAUAUAACAGCCUCAAACAAAAGCAAAAGGAACCAAUUCUGCAUGUAAGUGGUUUAGAAAAUAAGUGAGCACACUUUUUUUCACUUAGUUAUGGUACAGUAUAUACAUUGUCCCUCCA